GGGGCGGGCUAGGCUCGGGGGAGGCGUUCAAGUCCAGUGUAAAAACGAGCCCUCCGCUAAUAUUUGGCAGCUCCUCUCGGAAGACGACCAAAGUGGCUCCAUUUGAAGCCGGCUGUUGUUUAUUUUUCCGGAGCUCCUUCGUACUACGUUGUCCUCCUACUCUCCUCUUUUUUUUUUAAAUCCUCAGAGUUUCGCUUUUUUUUUUACACUCAAAGCGUCGACGCGACAGCCACCACCACCAGCAUGCCUUCCCCGCGAUACUCUUACACGGUGACGGUACCGGAGGAGCCGGCCGCGUCUUUCCCCGCCGCCAAGUCCGAGCUGCGGCGUCUGACUCCGUCCUUGUCCCGGUCCAGGCUGGUGUCCACCUUCAGGGGACUAAUCAUCAACCAGGCCAAGAAGCAGAGUCCGCAAGGCCUGAUAGGACUAAAGAACCUGGGAAACACGUGUUUCAUGAAUUCCAUCCUUCAGUGUUUGAGUAACACUCCCGAGUUACGGGACUACUGCCUGAGGGAGGUCCAUCGAACAGACCUGAACAAAAGCAACUGCAGGCCCAAUUCGGCCCUCGUGGAAGAAUUCGCCAAGCUGACUCAGAGCUUGUGGACGUCGGUCAGCAACGAGACAGUCACCCCCUCCGAUUUCCGGACCCAGGUCCAGACAUGCGCUCCCAAAUUCGCCGGUUGCAAUCAGCAGGACGCCCAGGAGUUCCUGCGUUUCCUGCUGGACGCCCUCCACAGCGAGGUGAACCGAGUAACUGCGUGCCCAAGGGCGUCCGUCAAGGACUUUGACCACCUCUCGGAUGACGACAAAGCCAAAUGGAUGUGGAGUAUGUAUUUGGAGCGUGAGGACAGCAAAGUUGUGGAUCUGUUUGUCGGCCAGCUGAAAAGCUCCCUGACUUGCACCGUAUGCGGUUUCCGCUCCACCGUCUUCGAGCCCUUCUGGGAUCUUUCCAUCCCGAUCGCACCGAAAACCUCGGGCGAGGUGACUCUGAAAGAUUGCCUGAGGGUCUUCACAAAGGACGACGUGCUGGACGGAGACGAGAGGCCGACGUGCAACAGAUGCAAAACCAGGCAGAAAUGCACCAAACGGUUCAGCAUUCAGAAGUUCCCUCAGAUUCUUGUCCUUCACCUGAAGCGUUUCUCCGACUCCAACGUCCGAGCCAGCAAGCUGUCCACGUACGUCGACUUCCCCCUCAAAGAGCUGGACAUGCGGGAGUUCACCUCCGAGGGCAGCGGAGACCGCGCCGUGUAUAAUCUCUACGCCGUGUCCAACCACUGGGGCAACACGCUGGGCGGCCAUUACACGGCCUACUGCAAGAACGCCACGGUGGGCGAGUGGUACGGCUUCAACGACUCCAGAGUGAACCAUAUGUCCUCCAGCCAGGUGCGCAGCAGCAACGCCUACAUCCUCUUCUACGAGCUCGCUAAAAGCCAAACGUGCCACCUUUAGACAAUCUGGGAUGACCCGGCUGGAGACGUGACGCAAGCCGAGAAGCCCCGCCCCUUUUUGGCUAAGACUGUGACAAGAGACAGGUCAUGUGACGAUCUGGAAUUUCAUAAACAGUCACUUUUUUUUUUUCCAGAGGAUUAUUUUUGCUUUGUUUUCCUUUGCACUUUAAAAGCGGACGUUUGGAGAGAAAAUACGUCUUCGGCUUGACUGCCGUCUUUUAAUUUAUUCUAUCAGAAUUAAGAGGUAAGGUAACUUUGCCGGUACUGUACUUCGUAAAGCCCUCCACAGAACUCCUGAGAGAUGAGGCUUUAUUAUUAUUAUUUUUUUUGUACAGCGCGGUUGAAUGUACAACACCGAAGGCAGAGCAACAGGAAAUAAGGUGCUGUGUGUGCAUUUGUAAUAAAACAUUAAA